AUGGAACGAGAAUUAAAUGAUGCGAAAGAGAUGUUGAAGGAGGCGGAGGAGAAGUUGAAGAAGUGGGAAGAAGGAAAGUAUAAGGGAGAGAAGUUGAACGAAUUGGAAGAAGAGUUAUAUAAGGGAGAAUUCGGGAAUGAAGAACAGAAGAAAAGGUGUGAAGAAAGGGUAAAGAAGUUGGAAGAAGAAAAGAAGGAGUUGAAGAAGGACAAAGACAAUUGGAAGGAGCAGGUGAAGGAGUGGGGAAGGCAUUGCGUGAUUUCAGUGGAGGAAAAGGGAAGAGGAAUCAAACGUCCAGUAGAGGAUGAUUAUACAUAUGCUGCAGCUGAAAAAAAAGUAAAACUUGUUGAAGAUAUGAAGGUACCACCUUCAAGCUUUUGUAGAUCAUGUAAAUGGGAAGAGGUUGUUCCUGUGAUUUUCAAUCAUCGGCCUCAUGAUGCUGAUAUUCCUAUCACUCUAUAUCAUCAAGUAUUUGCACAUUUUCAGGAGUACUGUACCAAUAUUCAUAUCUCAAUGGAUGAUUGUGACCUGGUAAUAAAACUUAUCACACAAAUGACAAAAGCUUUUGAGCGUGAGAAUGAUAGGGUGGCUGAAUUUUUAAAAUGGACAUCUGAAUAUUUUGCUCACCCAGUUACAAAACUACCACUUCCACAAAUUGGUCAAGAAGCUGAUAUUGGAGCUUGUCAUUCUGUUGGAAAUCAUUCUUUCUGUUUUCUUAUUGGUGAAGCUAAAAAUGAAAUUGGGGAAGGACAUGGAUGUUCAUAUAUACAAGCAUGUACUUCAUAUGCUAAACAAAUUGGUGCCAAUACAAAUAAUACAAUACGUAAAGGUCUCAACCCAUCUUUUAUUCUUUAUCUCUCUGGUCCUUACCUGGGUAUUGCUGGUGCU